UUUUAUUUAUAGCCGCCCUCUUUUUUGGGUUUUUCAUUUUUCACAAGCAGAAACAUGCCGAAGUGGUGCGUUGAAGUUCUGGUCGAAGGACAAAGAGAAGAUAACUUUAAAGGGAGAAAAAUCAAGAGGACUUUUUAUAGGCCUCACGAUGGAGCAGUCACCCAGUACUGGGUAACUGUCGUGGAUGAUCAAUUCACAAUCCACGUGCGAUCCGUUGACGAAGAGGAAGGAGUGGAUUUUACUACUGAAAGUCCUUCCCAAGCUCCUUGCAGAUUGCUUCCAUCAUUCACUAAGCUGAGGUACAAUCCUUGGCAGUUUCUAGCCCUAUCAAAGGAAGACAGGAUAUACUGCAGAGAUAAGAACCUGGAACGCAAGAGGCAGAUGAAAGGAAGUCACACUCAAACAAGUAAGAAAAGAAGAACGCAAUCACAAGAGCCUUCAGAUGUUCAAGAAACGGAAUCUACAGUCUCGGCAGCGGAGCCAGAUGGAGAAGUAGAGGCAGCAAUCGCUUCACUUGUACAACAAGAAGAAGCUUGCAUUAUGUCCUGCAUUCGUGCUGCCGAGGAAAUUGGAAUGAGUCCUCGCGAAAUGUUUGAGCCGUUGUCACAAUUUUUUAGUGUAGAGUACCGAGACCUCUAUGAGCUUGUGGAUUACUCCGAAAUAGACAGAGAAUAAAAGGGUCCCCCACGAAUUCAAGUUCA